ACAAGAUCAGGAGAACUUCCAAGAAACCCUCCAUCCUGAGCAUCAGAGAGACCCACCAGUAACGGGAGACAUUGAGACAGACACUGACCUGUGGUGAGCUGGACUCUGGCUAAAGGUCUCUCUGAAUUUGGACAUCAUGAAGACAGCACCUCUCCUACUGCUAACCUGCUACUUGAUCUUCACGGCCAAAGGUGGUGCUCGACCUCUAGACAUGGGUAUCUUUGGAGGUGCUCAGCUCAGUCUGAAUAGGGACCUGACUGAUGAGAGUGUCCAGGCUUUGUUGUACUUUUUGAGGGAGAAGUUCCAACAAGAGUUGGAUGAAGACCCCCAUUUUCAGCUGAGAUUGAGCAAAGGUUCCCUCUCCUCAAAUCAACAGAUAUCGACCCAGGAACUGGGACAAAUCUUCAGCAUUAUACAGACUCUCUUCCGAGAGUCCAUCAACCAGUCCCCAAAGACCCUCCUGGAGGUAUUCUCUGAUCGCCUAAAGAGAGAAGAUCCUCCAAUCUCCAUUGACCUGACAUACCACAUCCUUAGGCAAAUGAUAGAGAUUGCCAAAGUGCAGAACCAAAAGCAACAGGCUGAACAGAACCGUAUAAUCUUUGAUUCAGUGGGGAAAUGACAGUUAAAAGAACAGAGGACAUUGUUGCUUGAGCCGAAACAAUCUUUCUUACUGUUCAACCAAUGGCUUGAUGAUCCAUUGCCCUACACAGCGUGUGACAAUGUAGAGUGUGUUCUGACACCUUAUAGACUCAUCGUGACAUCAAGGAGGGUCUAAGAGGGUGUUGGUGUCUCUUUGUAUGUGUCCCAAAUUACACUAUCCAUUCAGGGAUGACUCCUGCUUUUAUUUGUCCCAUCCUGAGUUUUCUUUCUUAUUAAAUCCAGGCAAAGGGCAGGUAUUCUGGGGCUCGUACCUAGCGGGGCACAUAGUACGUUUUUUUGAAUAAGAAGUAUGAACAUGGCAAGAUGAGAUUUCAGUCAAGCAGACUGUCAGCUUCUGGCACAUCAUGCAGACUGUCAGCUUCUUGCACCACAAGCAGAACGUGUGAGGUGGGGCACUUCCUGUCUGAGACUGGCCCUUUCAUCCCCUUCCGUCCUAUGUCACUGGCCUUUCCUCCCAAUCUCUAGUCUGGAUUCAAUAUGUAGAGAUCACCUAAAUCCCACAUCCAGGUGUUUUAGAUAUUGGCAUCGUGUGCCACAACCUCUAUGUUUUUGGAAUGUAAAUGAUCGAGGAAUAAGAGCAGAGAAGAAGUGUACUUAUGUCCGCUAUCACUAUCUUCUUGGCCAUCCGUAGGUCAUCAUAAUAUAGAACUCUGCAAUGGACUAGUGACAUCAUAAUGUAGCACCCUGCGAUUUAUGAUUGACAUCAUAAUAUAGCACUCUGUGAUUACCAAGUGACAUUAUAUUAUAGCACUCUGCGAUGGCCGAGUGACAUCAUAAUAUAGCACUCUGCGAUGACCGAGUGACAUUAUAAUAUAGCACUCUGCCAUUGCCGAGUGACAUCAUAAUACAGCACCCUGGUAUGGUCGAGUGACAUCAUAAUAUAGCACCAUGUGAUGGCCAAGUGACAUCAAAAUAUAGAACUCUGUGAUGGCCAAAUGACAUCAUAAUAUAGUACCUUCCGACAGCCCAGUGACAUCAUAAUACAGCACCUUCCGAUGGCCGAGUGACAUCAUAAUACAGCACCUUCCGACAGCCAAGUGACAUCAUAAUACAGCGCCUUCCGAUGGCCAAGUGACAUCAUAAUAUAGCACUCUGCCAUGGCCAAGUGACAUCAUCACGAGACACUGUGCCCCAGGGUUUAUGUAGUAUGGCGCCGCAGACAUCCCUUAACACACUGUAUAGACACCUGUCAGUAUUCAGUAAAAUCCCUUCUUUUGCUGCAUAUUUGUAAG